AAAAACAAAAUACUAUAUAACUCCGUUUUGAAGCGUCUUUGCUUCUCCCUCCCCAAUUGGAGAGGAUUAGGGUUUUUGCAAUCGAAUUCCAUCAUUCAAUUAAUUAAUUAAUCCUUAACAAUGGCGAAUCGUACUGAUCCAGCAGCUAAGAGCAUAAGAGGAACAAACCCUCAGAACCUAGUUGAGAAGAUUCUCCGCUCCAAGAUCUACCAGAACACAUAUUGGAAGGAACAAUGUUUCGGUUUAACGGCGGAGACAUUAGUCGACAAGGCCAUGGAACUCGACCACCUCGGCGGUACAUACGGUGGUAACCGGAAACCCACUCCUUUCAUGUGCCUCGUCAUGAAAAUGCUCCAGAUUCAGCCUGAGAAAGAAAUCGUCAUCGAAUUCAUCAAAAACGAUGAUUACAAGUAUGUGAGGAUACUUGGUGCAUUCUAUUUGCGUCUUACUGGAUCUGAUACUGAUGUGUACCAUUAUCUGGAGCCAUUAUAUAAUGAUUAUAGGAAACUGCGGCGAAAAUUAGCUGAUGGAAACUUUGCUUUGACACAUGUUGAUGAGGUAAUUGAUGAACUUCUCACAACAGAUUAUUCCUGUGAUAUUGCUAUGCCGCGUAUUAAGAAAAGGUGGACUCUUGAAUCUCUUGGUGCAUUAGAACCUAGACAAAGUGCACUUGAAGAAGAUUUUGAAGAGGAAGAGGAGAAUGAGGAUAAUGAACAGCCUGCUGAGGAGCUUGAAGAUAAAGCCCAUGAGAAGGAUUAUUAUCGUGGGCGAAGCCCUGCAAGGGAGAGAGAUAGGGAUAGAAGACGUGAUAGUCAUAGACACAGGGAUCGCGACUAUGACAGAGAUUAUGAUAGAGAUUAUGACAGAGAGCGUGGACGUGGCCGAGAUAGAGAUAGAGACAGGGACAGGGAUAGGGAAAAUGAAAGGGACAGAGAUAGGGAGAGGGACAGAGACAGAUAUCGUCUGAGGGAAGAAAAGGAUUAUGGUCGUGAGAGAGAGGGUAGGGAGCGUGAGAGGAGAGACAGGGAUCGUGACCGCGGUAGGAGGAGGAGCUACUCAAGGAGCCGAAGUAGAAGCAGAGAUCGCAAGGAACAUGAUGGUGGUGAGUCCAGAAAGAGACAUGCUCGGAAUAGCAUAAGUCCUAGAAGGCAUGGAGAUGGAGCUGAGGAUGGCGAGCCAAAGAAGAAAAAGGAGAAGAAAGAAAAGAAGGAAAAGAAGGAUGAUGGGACUGACCAUCCAAAUCCAGAGAUUGCCGAAGCAAACAAGUUACGAGCAUCACUGGGUUUGAAACCACUGAGGAUGUGAUCUGAACUGUUCAACUUGAAUGUGGACUGGGUUCCAAAACACUAGUCAAUAGCAUGCUACCUUGAGGUUUGCAGCGUGUAAUGUGCUUUCUGAUCCUGUACUGCCCUUAGUGGCAAUUAUCAACUCAAUAGGAAUAGUUUGUCAUACAAGUAUGUACUUAUGUUGCUGCACUGGUUUGAGCUUGGUUGUCCAUAGCUCUCGUUUUGAUCACACCUUUAUCUAUAUUGUCAAAAAAAAUUCAUGUAAUCGACCAAAUCUAUUAGUACUCUGAUAAAGGGGUAGAAAAAAACAUUGUGGCAUUGCUUUCAUUUGUAAUAUGAAUAUGAUUAAAAUUAUAGCAAAUCUUUUCUUCAGAA